AUGGCCCCCCGCCCACGCCGCCAACAACAAGAAGAAACAGAAACAGCAACAGAAACAUUCACCUACGAACCCCCCCUAACAACCCUCACCAGCACGGGCCACCGCGCCCUCCUCCAACUCCUCAAAACGCAGCCCCUCCGCCACCUAAAAACGCACCUCCAGCACGCUGAGGAAAAACUCACCGACGCAGCGGGCGAAGUCAAUGAGCGGUUGACGGACGCGCACGUGCGGUAUCAGCGGUUGAAGGAUAGGAGGGGGAGUAGUACGCGCGACGAGGAGGGUGAUGGGGAGGAUGCUGCGGCUGCGGCUGCGGCGGUAGAAGGCGGGGGUAAUGAGGAUGAGGAUAGGGAGAAGGCGCGGAUUACAAAGCUGGAGGAUGAUGUUAGGGGUGUUACGGGGCGGUUGGAGGCGCAGAUGAGGGAGACGAUUGAUGCGGAGGCUUUGGUUGAUGGUGUUGCUGCGCCUGUUUCUGCUUCUACGAGGGGGAGUCGGAGGACGAGGAGGGCUGUUGCUGAGGGGGAGGGAGAAGAAGAGGAGGAGGAGGAGGAGGAGGAAGAAGAAGAGCAGCAAGAAGAGCAGCAGGAUUUCGUCCCCACUAGUCAAAAGCUGGCGGAUGAGUUAGAGGAGGAUCACACCAAGUGGGAUAAGCUAUCUCUAACAGAGCGAUACUCAACAAACAACGCCUACAUAGGCUUCUACCGCAUCAUCCACGAAGCCAAACACCCCGGCAACGACAUCCCCCCGCUCCCAUCAUCCUCAACCUGCGAAAUCAUCUCCCUCAAAUGCCCGCUCACCCUCCUCCCCUUCCAAAACCCCGUAUCCAGCACAAAAUGCCCGCACAGUUUCGAGCGCGAAGCGAUAGAGUCCAUGCUUUCCCAGAGCUCGACGACCGUUGCCGUCUCCACGCCAGCUCAAUCUGCCGCUAGUGCAGGCUCGAAGGGAAGUCGGAGGGGCAGGCGUGUUCGCGCGGUCAAGUGUCCUGUUUGUGAGGAGUUACUGACGGGGGAUGAUCUGCGGGCUGAUGCGGUGCUUGUGAGACGGGUGAAGAGGGCGGAGGCUGCGAGGCGGAGGGAGGAGGAGGGGGAUACGCUCAGUCAGGACGUGCCACUCGGCCCUUCACGUGCUUUUCAGAGCGACCGACAAAUGGUAACAUUCUCCCUCACACAGCGACACGACAACGAAACAGGAUAUCUGCCGAAAGAAAUCGAACCGAUCGUUUUCACCUGGUGGCCCCAGCACCACGUUUUCCGAUGA